AUGAGUACUGAGUGUUCAGUGGUAUUUAAUGUAACAGUUAGAACAACACUUUCUUAAGUAGUAGGAGUGGUAGGAAAUUAACCAGAAUUAGGAAAUUGGAAUGAUAAAAAGGCUUGUAUUUUAAAAACAGAGCCAGCCUCAUUUCCAAAAUGGGUGACCGAAAACCCAAUAAUAUUUUAAAGAGGAACAAAACUUGAAUUCAAAUUUGUGAUAAUGGAAAAUGGAAAUACAAUUUGGGAAGAAUUACCAUAAAAUCGCAAAUAUAGAUGUCGGUAUUGGAAGGUUGUUUUGACAGCAGAAUGGAAUAAUUAUGAAGGAAGAGAAUUUAUAGAAAAGAGAUUUAAAUCUAGCGUAUGCUUAAAUCAAGAAGUCUUAAGCAAAGUCACAAGGGCUAGAAUGAGUGAUUAAUUUGAUCCUUUUGAUUAAGCCAAUGAUGACUCAGAGGAUUCCGUAGAAGGAUUUGAUAGUUUUGCUAGAGAAAUAGCUGGUAAAAAUGACUCAGAAUCUUCGGAAUCAGAUAAUGAGAAAAAAAAGCCCAUUGUUGAAAUUAAUAAAGAUAGCGAUUUUUAAUCGUUAUAUUAAUUAUAUAAUGAGAAUCCAAAGUUCCGAUAGCUUAAGAAUUUCAAUCAGAAUGAUAUAUUGUAUGAAGUUAAUGAAGAUCCCUUAAUAGGAAUUAGCGAUGAGGAUUCCUUGCUUAUUUCUACUUUUUAUCUCCCUAUAGUUGUGAUCAAGAAGCAAGAUGGCUAAUAUGAAAGGAGAAACUUCUAACAUUCAUUUAGUCUACAUCUAUUAUUUGGAGUUCAACAAUUCAAGAGAACUUGGUUUGGAUUGCCUAUCGUAUUAAAUGAGAAAGGGGAGAAAAUCAAUGACACAAGCGAAGAAUUGAAAACCUUUUUAAAAUAGCAUGGAUUUGUACCAAUAUUUAUAGAUCAGGAUUGUUUGGAUUACUUUAACUAAGAAUUUUGUACUAAAUUGUAUUAGCCCAUAAUGAAUAAUGAUGUGAGUAUUACUAAAUUGGCAGCUCUUGAGUAUUCUGAGCACAUGCAGGAUUGCUUUAAAAAGAUGAAUGAUUCAUUCUUCUAAGAAAUCAAACCCUACAUAAAUUAAAGUUCUAUUGCGUUAAUUGCAGAUUAUAGACUAUUAUAUUUGAGUUAGAUCUUUGUGAGUCACAAAUUUACUAGAUUACCUAUUGUUAUAUUUUAUAAUAGACUAUUCCCUCACUUUGACAACUUAAAGCUCAUUCCAUUUUACUCAGACAUAACCAAUUCAUUCCUACAAGCCAAUGUUAUUUGUUUUAGUAAUUAUGACACUGCUAAUGAAUUCUUAACACUUAUGAAAGACAUUUAUUAGAUUGAAUAUCAUUCAUUCAAGGGAAAUUUGGCAUUUCAUUACUAUGGCAGAGAAAUAUACGUUAAAUUGCAGAAUCCAGGUAUAGAAAUAAGAGCAUGUGGAGAUUAUAGAUUUGAAGGAAAGCAAAAGAGAAUUCUAUAGGAGAACGAGAUCAGAAUUGUUGGAGUGGAUACAUAUGGACAUCAAUCAGGAGUGGAAUUGAAGUUCAGACAUCUGUUAAAAUUUGUUAAGGAAACUGAUAUCAUUCAAAAAAACCCUCAUAUCAAGUUCAUCUAAAUAUAACUAAAGGCCUUUGAAGACAAUGAUGUACAAAUACAAAGAACCUAGUUAAUUAAUUAGAUACAACAAAUAAAUUAAUUAUUGUAUCCAAAUAACGAAGAUUAUUUUAUUAAAUUGAUUGAAGAAGAUAUGGAUUCCAAAUAACGCUUCGAAGAGUUCAGCAAGGCCAAUAUGUACUUUUAAUGUAGGUACAGUGGGAGACAUGAUUUUUAUCUCCUUGAAUACAUUCAUCUAAAUGCUAUGCCCAUUGCUUUAAUCAGUGACUCAAGUUGCUUUCAUCGAGGUUGUCACUCCAUUUCAACAUUUAAUGUAUUUUCUCACAAGGAUUUUAAAGAGAAGUUUUCAGAUUUAUUAGAUAAGAUCCUUAAAAAGACUUACUAAUUCACUCAAGUUCAUAAAAUCUAAGUUGAAAAAGACCAAUAAACAAUUCGCUAAAAUCAAACAUCAUAAUGGAUAGAAAAUAUCUUUAUUGAUGCUAAGAAAGCUGCCUCAAUGUUAAAGUUUGCUUAGAUUAGUAUAAGAAAUCAAGAUGGGUAAUAGAUUAAAGUUGCUCAUAAUAUGAAAUUCUAAAAUUUAGACAUUCAGCAGGUUGCUAGAGUAUUCCAAUAGGCUGCAAAAGGUAUUAUACUUUUAGAAUUUGAAUCAAUUGUAACUGAUCAAUAUGUUAUUGAUUAUAAACCCCAUCACUUUUUUCAACAAAGUCCUCAUAUGAAAGGAAGCGAAGAAGUUAUCGUCAUCAGACAAGUGUAAUAGGAAAUACUAUAGGCCUUAAAAGGGAUAUCUAAGGCUCAUAAGGUUUACAUCAUUUCAAGUGGGUUAUACAAUGAACUAUAGUCAAAUUUCAAUGGAUCAAAUAUCAAUUUGUUUGCAGAAAAUGGAUUUUUGUAUAGAUCAGAUUCAAUUUAAUGGAAUGCUCUCUUUAAUAUUGAUUAUUAAUGCUUAACAUAGGUCAAGAAAGUGUUUAAUUAGUAUGCCACAAAAACAGAAGGAGCUAUGGUAGAAGUCAAAGAAAGUUCGAUUUGUUGGCAACUCAAAAAUUAAGAAGAAUAUGCUCAACAAUUGAUCCAAGAUCUUGUAGAUAAUGUAUAAACUAUUGUUGAUCGCUAUCCUACUUUUUAAUUGAUAGUGAAAUCUAAUUGUGUAGAAGUCUGUCCAAAGAAUUUAAACAAAGGAAUGAUUUUAGAAUUAAUAAUGUAGAAGGAGAACCUUCAAAGAGGAAAGUUAGAUUUUGCCUUGAUUGUAGCCAGGGGUAUUGAAAACGAGGAUGUGUUCUCUCAUUUUAAAGUAAUCACUCAAAGCAGAAAGUAUUUUACAGAGAAUGCUAACCACUUCUCAGUUUCUUAGGGUCUUGUUCCAUCAUAUGCUAAUUAUUACCUAAACUCAUAAUUAGAUUUAAUUCAACUAUUAAAAGCAAUGUGA